GACUUCUUGUAUCUUUCUCAAGGAUGUACUGACCCUGUUUUCUGAAUAUGUCCAUUAUGCAUUGUCUGUGAACGUGUCCAUUAUCCAUUGUUACCAGCAGGCUGGAUUGUGCAUCGGCUGAAUAUGGCCAUUGUCUUGCAAAAACUCCUCAAGCUGAAAAAAAUCUUCAACAAUGCACUGCUUAUAUUCAGACGUGGGCAGAGAUGGGGCCAGUCAGGCUCUGGCCUGAACUCCUACCAAGCGUGACUGGUCUGACACCAGCAACAGAGAACAGUUCCUGAUCCUCAGCUCUCCCCAUGUGCUGCAGAGGCCAAGUAUGGCCACAGAGACCGAUGGCAACUGUGCCAUCUGCCAGGACACCUGGGAUGAGGUGGUUUCUGCUCAGCCCUGUGGCCACCAUUUCUGCCGGGGCUGCAUCCUGCAGUGGGCACAGAUAAAUCCUGUGUGCCCACUCUGCAGAAGAGCAGUAGAGACUGUCAGGUUUUCUGACAAUGCAGGAGAGUCUCUGGAGAUUGUCAUCACAGCCCCUGAGCAGCUGCCAGUGGCCAGGAGCUCAGCAGGGAGAGCUCCUGGUGGCCAGGACGAGAACAGCCCCCAUGGCCCCGUGCCGGCCCAUCCCUCUUCUCCUCAGGAGACAGCAGCCAGAGCUGUCGGCAGUGUCCUGCCAGAGGUCUGGGCACAGCUUUUCCGUCGGCGACGGGAACUUCUGGACCCUGUGCGGACUUGGCUGCGCCAAAGGACGGAGACCAUGUUCGGGGACCGGUGGUGGCUGGCAGAGAGCUGCAUCCGGUAUGUCCUCUGUGUGUAUGGGCCAGACCAGGAAAUCAUGAUCCAGAGUUUGCAGGGCAUCCUGGAGGAACACACUGUGCCACUGAUCCAGGACAUCAUCGACAUCAUUGUGAGACACUGCAGCUCAGGGGCCCAGAGGCUGCUGCACUCUCACGCUGCCGCAGAUGAGAAUGACAGCCCAGCAGCCAGCAGCACUUCCAGCUCCUCCAGCUCCAGCUCCUCCUCCAGCUCCUCCAGCCCCAACAACCUGAGCUCCAGCUCCUCUAGCUCUCAGGUGGGGACUCAAGCCAGCAGCAGCUCUGCAGUCUCCGUGGAGGAGGAAGCCAUCACAGGAGACACUGCCCAGCCCAGGGGUCACAGCCACCCCCCAAGUGUCACCAUGUCCACAGGACAGGAUGAGCCCCAGGAGGAGCCAGAGCAGGAGAUGGUGAUGUUGGCAGGUCCCUCUGCCCAGAGCAGCAGGCCCGGAUCCCCUGGUCCUUGGCAUCCCCCCAAGAGAAGAGCCCCUGACCCCCAGGACUCUCCCUCUACCUGCAAGAAAUCCCCCCACCAGCAAAACUAAAGGGCCCUUGCAAUUAUUUAAGAAAAAUGAAAUAAACUGUUG